AUCGAGAUUUAAGUUUUUGCAUUAGAUAUUACUCCUACUCAAUAACCGAUUGGUGUGAAGAUGGACCCAUACUACAGUUCAGAUUUACACAAAGUUCCCAGACACGGUGCAUUGCCCUCCCGCGGCAUAUAAAUCACCUCAAAAGGAGAUUUUGCACCACUUCACUCGAUCACUCUCCACUCCGCCCCAAAGCUGCUCGCGAUCCCGAUGGAAGCCAGCCAUGUCCACUCGCCUGCAGCCUCCUCGUCCGAAACCAUAAUGGCCGCCCUCCUCACAUCCGUCCCCGCCGCGCAAUUCCCUUGGCUCGCACAGUCGAUCGCGGCCGACGCGCGCCGGCAGCGCUGCCGCCUCGCUUCCCUGCUCCUCUCCCCCACGCACUUCUCCGCCGCCCUCGCGCGGCUCCGCUCCAUGCCGCUCCCCGCCAAGGCCGCGCUCCUCGGCCGCGUGCUCCUGCGGUCCCUCCUCUUGCUCCUCCCCGCGCUCUCUUCAGCCGAAGAUGGCUCGCACUUCCUCCGGCUCCCCGCGCCCGACCUUGACGCCGCGCUCCUGCUCCUCGCCAUGUGCAACUCCUACUCGCCGUCCGCAGACUCCUCCCCCGUGGACUGGCACGCGCUGCUCCGCGACGACAUGCUGCGCGGCGCGCUCUCCAUCUCGGGCCUCGGCGCCACGCCCUGGGCCGCCGUCGCGCCCUGCCUCGACGCGGCCGCCAAGUGCCGCCGGUUCGCGGACGUGGCCGCGUCCGAGGCCGGCAUCGGCAUCGGCAAGGACGGCGAGGGGCGCGGGGCCGCGGCGCGCGCGGCGGUGCUGGCGCUGCCCGCCGUGGCAGGGAACGGGACGCCGUGCGCGAUCUGCAGGGAGGAGAUGGCGCCUGGUGGUGUUGUGUGCGGGCUGAGGCCGUGCGGGCACCUGUUCCACUGGCCAUGCGCGCUGCGGUGGCUGGCGCGGCGCAACACGUGCCCGUGCUGCCGCGCCGAGCUGCCCGCGGAGGACGCGCUCACCGAGACCCGGCGCCUGUGGCGCGCGGUGGAGAGGAUGGCGGCCGCCGGAAGGAGGAGACAGUGUGGGCUCAGGCUGUGCGCGUGACAGCGUCGAUCGGAUGAAUGAACCGUGGCAUGCUCGCGUUUUGGACGCGCCCGUGUGUCUCGGUAUCUAAUCGUAGUGUCAGAUUCGUGGAUGGCGAUGGUCAUGGCGGCCGGCAUGGUCAUGGACCUGUAUGCUGAAUAAUGGUGUAGGAUCACUGUUAGGUACAUAGAAAGAUGGAUGGGUAAGUCUAUUAUCCUCGCAAAAAAAAGAAGAGGAAAGUCUAUUAAUUCGUUGAGUAAUGUAGUACUACUACUAUUUUGGCGUAUGAUAUAUGCUAUCAUUAGUUUGCAAA